AUGUCGAUUACACCAUUUUACACCAAACUCAACUGCCAUGAACUUGAUCAUGUUGCUACUUCUACACUACAGAGGGAACGAGAAUGCCAUGAUCAGGUCUCUAUAGCUAUUCCUGAUGAUUUCCCCAAUGCCUGCCCUUCCAGUCUCUUAACCCAAUUCCUAAAGUUCCCGUACCUCACCUUCUCUGUCCCGCCGUCGCCGGUAGCCGGUGCCCGGGUUGUCCACCAAAGGUUCUUUGAAAUAUAUUUGAAAUCUCAGUUGUCGUGGAAUGUGAUAAUCCAUGCUGGGAUUCUUGAUGUUGAAGGCGUAAUGCUUCCGAAGGCAAUUGUUAGUCGCCUCAUGGAUGACUUUGCUGCAAAGAAGGCCUCAAAAAAUCUUGGUUACUUUAUGUCUCUUACUACAUUGGAGAGGAUUGGGGAAGGGAAAGUUCAAGAACACACUGAUGAUGUGCUUUUCCCUGUGGAAUUCAGCUGUGUUACCUUCAAGAUGUUCCGUGGAGAGAUCUUGGAAGGAAGGGUUGUUGACAAUAUCUUUAAGCACGGUGUCUUUUUGAGAUGUGGCCCCACCGACAAGGUAUACCUCUCACAUCAGAAGAUGGCAGAUUAUAAGUAUGUGCCUGGAGAAAAUCCUAUCUUUAUGAAUGAGAAGAUGUCAAGAAUUUUUUUUUUUGGAUCUUAUAUCAGAGGAGUGAACUUGUGUAGUCUCCUAUGUUUGCCUGUGAUGUUUCAAGCUAAUCUCUGCAACUUAUAUGAGGGAAAGAUGACUGAUAUUGCUAGUUAA